GUGCAAAGAGUUUGGUGUACGUGUACGUCUUGCGUACGUACGAAUGUAAUUAAAAUCAGUUCACAAAUUAGUGAGAUAAAUUCAAUACUCAACACUUGCUUAAAAUGUCGUACAUUUAAUUUUUGCCAUCGAAGGAUUUCAAUUUCUGUACAAUGGUUCGAGGUGGUGAAAAAGAACGGCAUUACCGGAGAAGGUCUAGAUCUCGCUCUGCUACACCUGAAAAGAAACGACGAAGAUCUAGGAGCCGUGAAAGAGACAGAGAGAAGACUCGACACAAGGAACGGCGCAGCCGAUCCAGGGAGAGAGAACGUGAAAGAAGCGACCGAAGAGAGCGUUCUGAAAGGGAGAGGGAUCGUGAUAGAAAACGAACCCCUUGCCAAACAUCGGAGAGCGAUAACAUUGCACAUCUGCGACAUGAAGCAAAAUUUAGUGGAGACAGUAAAGAAAAGCGUCUUACAGGCUCAAAAUCCUCACGCUCCGGUAAAGAUCGAUCAAACAGAUCAAGAUCACGUGAUCGCAAGGACAAAGAUAAAGGUGAUAAUGAAGAUUUACCUUUCGACCACACCAAAUUGGACAAGGAAGAAGAGCAAAAAAGGUUGGAGCUAGAAAUGCAAAAACGAAGAGAAAGAAUAGAGCGAUGGCGAGCAGAGAGAAAAAAGAAGGAAAUUGAAGCAACUAAGAAAGACGGCAAAGCUUCUAUCUUAGCAAACCUUCAACUUCCUAUGAAAAAAUGGUCAUUGGAAGAUGAUAGUGAUGAAGAAACCCCUGUCAUCCUGAAUGUCACUAAAGAAAUCAAAGAGGAAGGAGAUAUCAAAGAAGAACCGGAAGUUGUACCAGAAGAAAUCAAAGUAGAAGAAGAGGAAGUUGAUCCUCUUGAUGCUUUUAUGGCUGAAGUCCAAGAAGAAGUUAGAAAAGUCAAUAAACUAGAUCCUAACAGGUCAAAAUCAACCAAUAAUGGAACAGGUACUGGAAACUCACAGAGUGGUGGUGUGGUAAUAGUAACUGGUGUAGCUAAACGACAAGUUGCUAAACAAAAAGGAGAAUUGAUCGAACAAAAUCAGGAUGGAUUGGAAUAUUCCAGUGAAGAGGAAGGUGAAAACCUUCAUGAAACUGCCGCGGGUAUUGCCAACAAACAAAAACGAGAACUAGCCAAAGUUGAUCAUGCUGCAACCGAAUACCAGCCAUUUAGAAAGUCAUUUUAUGUUGAGGUUCCUGAAAUCGCUAGAAUGACACCUGAAGAGGUGGAUAUCUACAAAGAGGAACUCGAGGGCAUUCGAGUGAAGGGCAAGGGAUGUCCAAAACCAAUUAAAUCUUGGGCUCAAUGCGGGGUCACGAAAAAAGAGUUAGAAGUUUUGAAAAGACUUGGCUAUGAAAAACCGACACCCAUACAGUGUCAAGCUAUUCCAGCAAUCAUGUCUGGCCGUGAUUUAAUCGGGAUCGCAAAGACUGGAAGUGGAAAGACGCUAGCAUUUUUGCUGCCCAUGUUCAGACAUAUAUUGGAUCAAUCUCCAUUGGUUGACGGCGAUGGCCCUAUUGCGUUGAUUAUGACACCGACUAGGGAACUGUGUAUGCAAAUUGGUCGUGAUUCGAAGAGAUUCACUAAAUCUUUGGGUUUAUCUCAUGUUUGUGUGUAUGGUGGUACGGGUAUUUCUGAACAAAUAGCAGAAUUGAAAAGAGGUGCAGAAAUCAUUGUGUGCACACCUGGCAGAAUGAUUGAUAUGUUAGCUGCCAACAGCGGUCGUGUCACUAAUUUAAGAAGAGUUACUUAUGUCGUUUUGGACGAGGCCGAUAGGAUGUUUGACAUGGGCUUUGAGCCACAGGUGAUGAGGAUAAUGGAGAAUGUCAGGCCUGAUCGACAAACUGUCUUAUUCAGCGCUACAUUUCCACGUCAAAUGGAGGCUUUGGCCAGGCGAAUACUUACUCGUCCAGUAGAAGUUCAAGUUGGUGGACGUUCUGUUGUUUGUAAAGACGUAGAACAGCAUGUCGUGGUUCUUGAAGAAGAUCAAAAAUUCUACAAACUGCUUGAGGUACUCGGACACUAUCAGGAUAAAGGAUCUGCUAUAGUGUUUGUAGAUAAGCAAGAAAAUGCUGACACACUAUUAAAGGAUUUAAUGAAAGCUUCGUACUCAUGUAUGUCGCUGCAUGGAGGCAUUGAUCAGUGUGAUCGAGAUUCGACAAUUAUGGAUUUCAAAGCCGGUAGAACAAAAUUAUUAGUAGCGACUUCUGUUGCGGCCAGAGGAUUGGAUGUUAAACAACUCGUUCUGGUAUUGAACUACGAUUGUCCAAAUCAUUAUGAAGAUUAUGUUCAUAGAUGCGGUAGGACUGGACGUGCUGGUAACAAAGGAUACGCGUAUACCUUUAUUACACCCGAGCAAGAACGAUAUGCUGGUGAUAUUCUGCGUGCUCAUGAAUUAGCAGCUGUAGCAGUUCCAGAACCCUUGCGUCAACUGUGGGAGGGAUACAAAGCCCGGCAGGCAGCUGAUGGCAAGAAAGUUCACACCGGUGGAGGGUUUAGCGGAAAGGGCUUCAAAUUUGAUGAAUCAGAAGCUGCAUUAGCAAACGAGAAAAAGAAAUUCCAAAAAGCCGCUUUAGGAUUGCAGGAUUCUGAUGAUGAGGAUAUCGAAAAUGACAUUGAUCAGCAGAUCGAAAGUAUGUUAGCCCCAAAACGAACGGUGCGUGAGAUCGCCAGACCAUCCGCUGCCAAUCUUUCCGUUCCUGGACAACCAGUACCGAGUGCUACCGACAAAUUAGAACUUGCCAGAAGAUUGGCUUCCAAGAUCAACAUUGCCAAAAAUCUGGGUGCUGAAGCAAAGGGAGCAACACAACAAGCCGCGGAAGCCAUUCUAAAGGGCGCGGGUCCCACCAAUCUUAUCACGGCAAAGACUGUAGCUGAACAGUUAGCUGCAAAAUUGAAUACGAAACUCAACUAUCAGCCCAGAGAAGAAGAUUUGGUUGAAGGCGAAGGCGAACCCGGUGAACAAACCUUCCGCAAAUAUGAAGAAGAACUUGAAAUUAACGACUUUCCUCAACAAGCAAGAUGGCGGGUUACAAGUAAAGAAGCUCUGGCUCAAAUUUCGGAAUAUUCUGAGGCUGGACUUACUGUUCGAGGAACUUACAUCACACCUGGCAAACCUCCUCCUGAAGGAGAACGGAAGCUCUACCUUGCAAUUGAGUCCACUAGCGAAUUAGCUGUCAGUAAAGCAAAAGCGGAGGUCUCACGUCUCAUCAAAGAGGAACUCAUUAAACUUCAAUCCUCAGGAACGCAUACAGGAUCGCGAGGACGAUAUAAAGUUUUAUAAUUUGUACGUUUAUACAUAUAUCUCAAUCUACGUCUAGUUCAUUCAAUAAAUUUUGUACAUUGAGUACGGUCCGAAACAGUAAUAAUUUCAGAUGAAAUUUUACUGUAUGAGAGGAUCGGAAUAUUCAAUUAUACAAUCAUCGUAA